GGUCGAGCUCGCGAGCGAGUUGCGGAUCCACACAACUUAGAAGAACGCUUCUACAAGUGGGGCGUGCGGCCAGAGUGGCUGCAGAUCCAGCGCAUCAUUAAUCAUCGAGUCGGCCGCGGGGGUCGUGAGUGGUAUUUGGUAAAGUGGCGGGAACUGCCAUAUGACGAUUGCACCUGGGAGACUUCAAAUGGAGACAUUACCGACAUGCCACAGCACAUCGAGGAGUACAAAAUGAUGCGUCGUGUUUUCGCAGGCCAAGUGCGGCCAAUCGCUCCUCUUAGCGAUGAAUUCACGAUGGUGGCGACUGCAGCAUCAGGCCUUUCUGUUGGACCCAAAAAAGGCAAAGUAGGUCGAAGAGCUAAGGAUACUGGUCCUACAGCCGCUGUGACUGCUGCCAAGGAAUUAGAACGUGAACUGGAGAAACUUAGCCCUAAGUUGCUGAAAAAACUGCCCCCUGAAGGGCCUCUUACCGACCUAAAGCGACAAUAUCUCAAGCAGCCUGAAUUCCUUGACGAGACUGGUGGCCAGCUUCACCCCUAUCAGUUGGAAGGAAUCAACUGGCUGCGCUUCUCUUAUGGCAAUCGUGUGGACACUAUCUUGGCUGAUGAAAUGGGUCUUGGAAAGACUGUGCAGACAAUCGCUUUCUUAUAUUCGCUCUACAAAGAGGGUCAUUGUCGUGGCCCUUUUCUCGUCGCUGCACCGCUAUCCACUAUUAUUAAUUGGGAGCGUGAGUUUGAGUUUUGGGCACCUGACUUCUACGUCGUCUCUUAUGUGGGAGAUAAAGAUUCUCGCACUGUGAUCCGUGAGCACGAAUUCUCGCUUGACGAAGGUGCUGUGCGUGGUGGCAACAAAGCUGUCCGUAUGCGUCAAGGUACCAAUGUCAGAUUUCACGUCUUGCUCACCAGUUAUGAACUCAUCAGCAUCGACCAGGCUCUUCUGGGCUCAAUCGAUUGGGCCGUUUUAGUUGUCGACGAGGCACAUCGGCUAAAAAAUAACCAAUCAAAAUUUUUCCGCAUUCUUAGUGCAUACAGGAUCGCCUACAAGCUCCUGCUGACCGGGACUCCGCUGCAAAAUAACCUGGAAGAACUUUUCCAUCUGCUGCAUUUUAUGACGCCAGAAAAGUUUAACGACAUGCAAGGGUUCCUGGACGAGUUUGCAGAUAUAUCGAAGGAAGAACAGGUCAAAAGACUGCAUGAAAUGUUGGGCCAACACUUGCUACGCCGACUCAAAGCAGACGUACUCAGAAAUAUGCCUUCUAAAGGCGAAUUUAUUGUACGUGUUGAGCUGAGUCCAAUGCAAAAGACUGAUCAAAAGCCGAAUUAUGGGGUAUAG